UGUGCGUGUGUGUGUGAGAGCAGGAGAGAGGCCUGCAGGAGGAGCUGGUGUCUCUGACGCUGCGCAUGGCGGAGAAGGAGGAGGUUCUGCAGGAGACCGUGAUGAGACUGAGGAGCACCAGCAGAACCAAGGAGAGCAUGGAGCACUUCAUCGUCAACCAGCUGUCUCGGACUCGUGAUGUGCUGAAGAAAGCCAGGACCAACCUGGAGAAGAACGAGCUCAGGCUCUCCUCUCUCAGCUCCUCCCCCUAUACUGGUAACAUUGAGGAACCAGGAAGUGCUUCUCGGGAGCGGCCUACUCAUUGGGGUUUCCUGAAGCUUGGCAACGCCCCUGAGGUUGCCGUGGCGACGGGGAGGAAGCGCGGUAGCCAAUGCCUGCUCGAGGCCGUGACCUGUUAAGAGAACCAGCCUCAACACUACGACCUCUGAACUUUGACCUCUGCACCAAGACAGCCAAGACUCCACACUCUUUUACCCUACACGAAACCCCCCACACACACACCUGCCUUACCUACUCUACCCACUGCCAAUCCUUAGACUUCCUGCCCCCCCCCUUUACGGAUACACAUCUGUCGCCUUACCUGCCCCCCCCACCUCCUCUCCCCCACCUCCUCUCUCCCACCUCCUCUCCCCCACCUCCUCUCCUCCUGACUCUCCUCAACCUCACUCUGUCUUCCUACUUCUCUCCAUCUCUCUCCUGCUGGCAAUACAGGCCCUGAACCUUACCCCUUACAAGUACCAUCCAAUCUCCCUUACUCCCUCCCUCCCCUCCCCCAGCUGCAGCUUUGGUGUCUGUGAUUGGUACAGCGUAUUCCCAUCCCCAUGGCGAUCGCUGAGCAAACAGAUGAGGGUUGCGUCGGUAACGUGUCUCUGGUGGUCAUAGCGAUGUGUGUCCUCCAGGCUGGAGCAGAUGGAGAAGGUAAAGGUUGUUCCUACGUGCUGGUCUGAGGCCAGCUGUCGUCACGCCUGGCCUGGUGCUGUGGAUGGGAGCGGGCAGCAGAGCCUGACCCUGGAUCAGCUUGUAAGAGGAGCCUUUACCCACAGCCAGACAGCCUGAGAGGAAGGUUUAAGUGUUCAUGCAUGUCAACUCACGGCCUGUGAAAGGAAUUGUAGUCAAACAGACACGUAUUUCAUACUGCACCUGUAUCCCCUCCUAUCCCUCCCCCCCCCCCCCUACACACACACACACAUCGAUCUCUUGGGGAGAAAAGUAAAAACCCUGUUGAACUUUGACUGCCACAGAAAUGCAAGUUUUACUCCUUGUGGCACAUCUCGAACAAAUACCUUUUGUUUUGCGAGUCCAAUGCAAACACAGAGACAUCCAGAGUCCCAGCAGACAGUGGAGGAAUGUGUGAGGACGAACUCCUGCCUGCUCCUUGUGGUUCUCAUGGAGACAGCUCGUGGAGAACCGUCUCUCAGCCCUGGCUAGCAGAACCUUGGGCCGGUUCCAUUUCUGUCCCUGGCCCCUCCUCUCCCGGUUCCUUAUUUAUUUGGGCCCCUUGUUCUGAGAGGACUGGAUUGGUGGAACCCAAGGGCUCAUGGCUCCAUCUAGCCCUCUGAUUGGUUGGAUGGAGUUGCCACCAUUUUGUUUUCACCUGUCCAGUUUCUUCAGGCACUGAAGGGUCUGGGAUCACAAGCUAGGUAAGGGGUGCAGGGGGUUGAAAUGGAACUGGUCCGAACACACGUUUUCACACUUCCUAAUAGGAGUGGUCCGUUGAGCAUGUGCAAUAAUGAGGUCAUGACCUCGUUUUAUGGAAUGAUCAUAGUGCACCAGCUUUUGUUUUUCGCCUGAGACACUGGAACUGAAUUAUUUACUUACAAGGCUAAAAGACCGUCAGUGCAAUAUUAUGCUAGCCUACUCUUUAAUCUAGUACUACUGACUGAAACGAAAUGUAGUUGUUUUUUUCUGCAGUGUUGAUGCAUGAGAAGACUGAUCAAAAGGAGGAUUUAAAAGUUUUUCUUUUUAGUUCGCGGAACAAGGGAUCACCAAUACUUGCCAAAGUCUUAACUUUGAACUCUUCUCGUUUCGCCCGUUUUGCGCUAUCCAUGCAAAUGACCCGCCUGGUGGUGACGGGGCAUCGCUGUCACCGUCACCCUGGCAACCGAGACCAUCUGUGACAUCGUGAUGGCGACGUGUAAUUGGCUGCUGGCCUAAAGCCAGUAGGACCAUAGACGGUAACCGUUAGACAGUUCAGUUUAUGUUAGACGUUUGCUCUUAAUGAGCAGAUUUUGAUGAUCAUCGGACCAAAAAUAUGGAUCUGAAUUCCACAUUCUAAAAUGUAAGGAGAUUCAAUAGUGAGUAAAUUCUGAAAAGUAUUUCGUUUGGUUUUCGGGGGUUUAUUUCCCCAUGGUAUUGGCAAUAAACGUUAUUGGAAACGUAAACUAGUUGUUACAAACUUUGGCAGGCUACUGGUGGGACCAACGUUCAAGAAUUGGCGAUUAGUGAUGAUUUCACAAGGUAUUCUUAGCCCCUGGUGUGAUGACUGUCCCGUACUGUAUAAAACGCCACUUUUAUGCUGUAUAUUAGGCUACACGCAUUUGACUGUAUUGUGUUUUUUUGUGUGUGUGCGGAUAAUCAUAUUUUCAAACCUUUGCUGUAUGCAAAGUUGAAUACCUGGGUAGCUGUGCAAUAGCUAUGCAUUACAUAUCUCCAUUAUUUUGAUGUCAAACAUCAUAUUAAGAUAUUUCUUUCGCUUAUUUGAGUGCAUAUGUUUCUGCUAUAUAUGUUAUCAUCCAUUGUGUUGUUAAUGCUGAAGCCAGUUUUUAAAUUAGGUCUCAUCUGUCACGAAUUCAAAAAUACAUGCCUUUAAAUUAGGAGUGACACAGACGAGCACAGAAUUUAAUUGUUAUGCCCACUUAUAAACUCAAAUAUUGCUGCUUCGCUUGCCUUUAAACUUCGCUUAGGGGGUAGCCCCUGAGGUUUGCCCGGUAGAAAUGGCCUUGAAGUCACUCGUGCUUGCUGUUCACUUCGAUAGCCUAUACUACAGAAUGGCGGUAGUUGCCAGCAAGGUCUUGUUUGCGCUCUACUCAGUUAAAAAUUCCUCGUGGAAAUGGCCAAACAUUUGAUUAUAAAUCCUCUAAAAUCCAAUACGGUUUAGUUAUUUUCUAUGCGAUAAUUGAAAAUAAUUUCAAGAAAAAGUAUCGUGGUACCAAAGCAGAAGCUGAAUCCAUUGAUUAUCCGGAUCGUGCUUGAGAUCGGGUCAGACGGAGUUACCCUGAGCGUAAACAAUGCCUUUUUAAAAAGUGUUGCUUGGAGCCACAGUAAUAUGAAGCUGUGUAUAGUUAGUCCUGGCGUGUAUUUGUAUAUAGUAUCAGAGGCAGAAUGCAGAUGUGAUAAAGUGCAGCUUGUUUUAUGAGAUUCUGUAGGAUGAUGAUGAAGAGUUAAGACUGAACUAGAAUGCCGAUGCAGGGUUCCAGUGUGGAGCACGUGUCAGACGAUUGAUGGCCAAUACGUGUGUUGUGUUGGCACGGUAUAAUCAACAACGGCUUUUGGGGUUCAAAACUAUGAAAUAAAAAUCUUCAAAAUAUG